GAAAAGAGGAGGCUAGAGGAAGAGGAAGAAGAAGCCAGAAGAAAUGUAAAUAAAAUGGCUGAAAGCAAACUGCUUUCGUUGGAACUUUAUAUUUGGCGCAGCCUUUGACAGGAUCCGGAAGAUGUGGGUGACCUUCUACCUCACACAGCGGGAUGGUGAGCCACUGAUCGCAGGCUACGAGCUAGACGGCGAGAACUUCGUUGCGGCGCCGGAAGAGAUGACAACACCUGGCCGAAUCGAAUCCAUCGCCACCAUUGCCAAAGAGCCAAUCAGCGACGUCAUCGCCAGAGGCACUGUGAAGUUCCUGGACGGCCGUGUAUUCCUGCAGACCGGAAAAGUUCUCCGGCCAGCACUUGUGACGAUUGGCCGACCGCAGUCUCCCGAGACGGACAGUAACACUUCAGAAAGCCAGAUGUCGGAGAAGCACGCGGAGGGAGUACCGAAAUAAAAUGUACUGAUCACUGUGUGACUUGAUCACUGUCCCUCUGUAUAUAUCGUAGCUUCCAGUCAAUGCACCAGGGAACUGUGCUCAGUACAUUCGCAUUACACCACAGCUGCGUGAGACAGCUACUCCAGCAUUCUAAUUGCAGAAUGGGGAAUCGGGCAAGAAACUGCUGUUCUAUCCCUGAAUUGCAUAAUGUGUUAAUCCUUGCUCUCGAUAAUUAGAAUUGUCAUGAGUGCAUGCUAUGUGCAAUUUCCAUUGAAGUUGUUCUUCAAGGGCACCGAUUCCUGAAGACAGAUUUUUUUGGUGCGCUGAAAAGAUGUGAAUAAAA